GUAUACCAUCUACAUGUCACCAAAACAACCCCACACCUGUCCCUUCAUUCACUUCACACACACUCCACCACCACACUCUCCCUUUAUUUCCAUUCCUCUCUCUCAAACAAACCACAUUCUCAAUGGCCGAUCUCAACCAAACCCCACCCCAACCAUACAGACCCACCUCCUCACCAUCCGUCUUUCUAAGAAAGCUUCAAAACAACCUUCACGCACCAAACUCAACACAUCUCGCUGCCAUCUUAACCCUUCUCGUCACCGGAUCCGUUUUCCUCCUUCUCACCAGUCUAACCGUAGCUGGCACCGUUCUCUCUCUCAUCUUCUUCUCACCCUUGAUAAUCGUUUCAAGCCCCAUAUGGGUCCCGGCCGGUACUUUUUUCUUCCUCCUAACCGCCGGACUCUUGUCAAUGUGUGGAUUUGGCGUCAUCGCUGUCGUUGCUUCGUCUUGGUUGUACCGUUACUUUAGAGGUCUUCACCCGCCCGGUUCGGACCGGGUUGAUUACGCUAGACACCGGAUUUACGAUACGGCUACGCAUGUUAGAGAUUAUGCAAAAGAAUAUGGCGGGUAUUUGCAGAGUAAGGUCAAGGAUGCAGCGCCUGGUGCUUGAACCAACCGGCUCGGUUUGGUUUGGUUUAGUUCCCCUCGUUUAUAUCAUAAUGUUGAACCGGGUUUUUUGUUAAAUAUUAUUAUAUGGCCCUAACUAUGAGUUAAAGUGUGUAUGCAAUGGUAGUAGAAUUAAGUUAUGUCAUGUUUAUUCUUUUGUUCGUUUACUCUUUUGCGUGACUGUUCGUUCUUCUGCAUAGUUUUGUAUUUUGAUAUAUGGGUAUGAGAAGAAUCACGAAAAUGUUCCACAUA